AUGCCCCAUGCGAUUUAUAUCGUAGAUGAAAGUGAAGAGGCGCCGCCGUCUGCGUUCACCAGAGAGUCUCCGCAUCGCCAUACAUUAACAAGCACGCACCACAACGCACCUCAUUCGUAUGAGCGACAGCUCAGUUGGGAUGGCGACCAAUCAUAUGGUCGGGCUAUAAAUAGAAUCAAGCUAGAAGUCGGGGCAGCUUCGCCAAGAGAGGCUGUUGAGGGGUGGGGUGGGGCCGAUUGUGGACCUGGUGGCACCACAUUGACACCGCAGGACGUGUCAACGGAUGGCGCUGUAGUACAGGCCGACGACGCAGCUGGCGACAUACCCGCGGAAAGCGGCGCGCAGGAUAAUACAUGCAGCAAUACACACGCUAAAAAUCGCGCGCAGGACAAUACUCACGGCACUACACACGACGAUAACACGCUGCACGCAAAGGCUAUGCCUGUCACAGACCACACUCGCGUAUACCUUGGGGUAGGUACCAACCACACCUCGAUGACACACAUAAAGAUAGAGCCAGAGCCACACCCAGCCACUUCGGAACAAGCGCACGAAGGCGCAGAGGUACGCGCUAAGCUGGAUGUGGGUGGUAGUACCGCACACGGGGGAGGGGUAAAGCAGGAACAGGACAGACCACUCACCACCGACAGGGGGCAAAGGGACGGGACGCAUGACAGGACUGAUAGCGGGGGUGGGGAAACCGUACCGGAGCGGAAAACGUACGCCAUUGAUAAGGACAGUGCCGGUGGGGCGGUGGGGCUCGCGGGGGCUCAGCCGCUGGCAAAACGUACGGCGACCACAAUACGUUUAUCAAAGGAGACGGGGCAGGACCAAUCGGAUAAGGAGAGAAAACGCCAGCGUGCGUUGAGGUUCAAUAUGGACAGAAAGCCCUCGCCCAGUUCGCACAGGACAGGGCCGGGCGCAGGUGCAGGUGCAGGGCCUAUGGAUUUAGUACCCCAAGCGGAGGGUGAGGAGAGGAGGGAGAGGGAUAUGCGUAACCAUGGCAACGAAACCCCGGGUAACCAUGGCGACAACGACCGGCGGAGACACGGUGAGCGAGAGCAUCCCGAUUUGGCGGACGACAACCUAGACCAACGUAUCGCCGAAUUGGAAAAGGAAAUGGCUCUGCGCGCUAAAUCGAGAUCGGUAAUGUCCAGAUCAGAUUCCAGAUCCGAAUUGCAGCGAAGGCGAUCCCAAUCUUCUGCGCAGCGCGACAUGUCUUUACAAACACGCCACGGGGAUAGAGGGGACGAGAGAGGCCGAGACCGAGAAAGGGACAGAGAAAGGGACCGGGACAAGGAUAGAGACAGAGAUACGGCACGUGACAGAGACGACGACAGACCUGCGCACUCACAGCACAGCAGUGGAGUGGCGGGCAAGCGCAGGCUCAGCCAGACGGAGCGCAGAGGAGGAGAGGCAUACGACCGCAACGACAGGGACUCCUCUGAGCGGAGAGGAAGAGACUCACACGCACGCACAGACAGGCACGCACACACGCACAGGUCAUCUCGCAGUAGCACCCGGGGGAUUAGUCCUGCCCAUGCACGCGGGGCAUCGCGGUCACGGACCGUAUCGCAUACGUUCAAUGACGGUAGGCGUAACAGCAAGCACGGUGCACGUAGUGUAGGUAGCCAUACAGACGAGCCAACGCAUGCGCAAGCGGACCCGCGCAACUCGGAUCAGUUGGUGUUCAAAGCGGCACCCAUGCUGUCCGGUAGUUCACACUCAAGCGGUGGGGAGGAGGAGGAUCGUAGAGGUAGCGAUAACGAGAGAGGGGUAGGCGUAAGUGGGUACACAAUGACGGUCGCGCUUAAAGGGGAACCAUUUCCCGUACGCCUGCCGUCACAGACUACCUCGCACGCACACACCCACCCGCACAAGCGCCUCCGGAGAGAUAGCACGGUUGUUGCUGACGUCCAUGCGCAGCCGAGUGGAGGUACACGGAAGGGGAAGGGUACUCCCUAUACCACCAAAGCUCAUGACUCAUAUGACCCAGACAGCACACACAUGACUGCACCUGCACCCGCAGAUGCUCCGACGGGUGCGCAUGGGCUGACCCUGGGCGGUGUGUGUGCGGCCAUGUGCACUGCCGCCGACGCACAGGGCCCAAAUGCCACAGACGAUGACGUCAUCGCAGACACGCCGGCAGUGCUGUACACGGCCUGCCCGGCGUUCUUACAGAACACGUGUGUGUCUGCGAUGUGCACCCGGCCACAUCCGCCGCCCUGUGUGAUGCCUUAUAUGGCUACGGUGCUCGGUCUAAAUAAGGAAGGGGCCACUGCGCGGGCUGUCCUGGAUAUGCUCGUGCAGAGUGUGAAGGUAGGUAUUGCCGUGACUAUCCAGGCGUGUCCGUAUCUAAGCAACGGUCGCGCGUGUAUCUCCACUCCCUGUAGGUAUUACCAUCCCGAAGAUCGGGUCACCAGAAAGCAGCCGCUAAUUGAAACUGGCAGUGGUAGUCAUGACAACGGCGACAAUGUCCAGCAAAUAGCUUGUGCACAUACGACUGCAGAUAAGGAGACGGAUCAGGCGCCUGCCUCAUCAGCGCCUGCAAUGGCGGGCAGGUCGCAGACCAGUAUGAACGAUACUACGAAUGACAGGGCAACUGCAACAACGCAGCAACACCCGGCACAGCUGCAGACACACACAGCCCACACACAAGCCCAACCAACACAGGCGACGACGGCACAAGGCCACCCACCCCAACAACACACCGUGUCUAAUGUUCAUAUGGACUCUAAAAGAGACUCUGAUGUAGCCCGUAUGGUCUUACCCCACUCAGAGGCGAAGGCACGGCAAUACACGCGGUGGUCGACACAGACGGAUAAACCGGGUUUUUCACAGCCGGUUAAAACCGAGUUUACACACCCGAAGGUCGAUACCUAUCCGUCGCCACGCAGGUCUUCUCUGUCUAACUAUCAGGCGCAUGUCGACACUCUACGACCCCCACAGGACCCACGGCAAAAUACAGCAACACAACCACAGCAACACCCAGAAGAGGCUAAACAGCCAAUACAACGAAGCAACACCAACACGCACACACACCAACACUCAGAAGUGUCUAGACAAUCAUCAUUACAACGAAGUAACACACACACACACACACAACAAUCACCGCAGACUCAGAUACCCCCACAGGAACGUCGGUCUGAAGAACGCGCACGGUACGCCCAGGGCCACACGGCACAGCCACGGGACUAUCUAAAACAGGCGAGAGACUACCGCGAUAGCAGUGGUGAUCCCAAGGAUGGGCCUCUGUUGCGGCGGGAGGAACGUUCUAUAAAUAGCCGGGACGACCGUUCUAUAAAUAACCGGGAAGACCAUAUUAAUAGCCGGGACGACCGUAUUAUAAAUAGCCGGGAAGACCGUAUAAAUAGCCGGGACGACCGUUAUAUAAGUAGCCGGGAAGACCGUGCUAUAAAUAGCCGGGGAGACCGUUCUAUAAAUAGCCGGGAGAACCGUGCUAUAAAUAACGGGGAGCAGGGAGCAAAACCGCGCCCGCUGCUGGACAAUCCCCCGGCCCGUUACCGAGACAACCAACGGUAUCAUCGCUUCAGUAAUGAAACCAACCCAGAUUUUGACAAAAAUCUCGAAUUUACACCGAAACGACCCCGAAUUGAAGCCGAUUUAAACCCAUCCGAUCCAUUUACCGCGCCACAAUCAGGACAGAGGUUCCAUAUGUCACCCAAUCCGACACAGGAACAUAGUCCCAGCUGUGAAGCACGUGGCCUCUCUGCUGAUCGCGCGCCGUACCGCCAGGACGACCGUGCACCUGCACCUGGCCAUGUUCAGGACAGGGCCGGUGGUAGCUCGAACGACUGUCGGGGCGAGUUGGCCCCAAAUUUUAGUACCACAGAUUGGCGAGUACGCGAGCACUCAGCUGAGCGUGGACGCGCUCGCACGAGGGACCGUUCCCGUCCACCCCCUUCGCCUGGCGAUCUGCGGAGCCGACUAAAAAGCCCGAAUGCCACAUAUCGUUCAUAG